AUGGCACCUCAAAUCACAUCACCAUUGUCGCCAACCAAAGAUAGCCUCGACUCGCCCACUCUCCACCCAGCGCUUUGGUCCCCUACGGGUACUUCAGGUGGCAGUGGCAGUGGCAGUGGCAGUGGCAACAGUGACCACCGGCCCGUGUCCUCCUCGUCAGCGUCAGCAACACCCUCGCACCACCAUCAGCAUCCCUCCUUCUUCAUCAACACCUCAAAAGCCACCGCCGCCGCCGCUCUGUGUUACGAGCCACGGGCCAAGACACCGCUGUCUGCCGUGUCCAUCAUGGGAAGUGCCGCUGCUGCAACGGAGCAAGACACAGAAGUGAAGCCGACGACGACUCCAGCGGCUGAAACCACGGCUCUUACACCAUCGCCAUCUCCAACGUGGGGCGGCGCCGCAUCAAACACCACCACCACCACCACCACCACAUCCACCACAUCCACCAUCGCCGCCGCCUCUUCCGCAGCCCUAAUCUCCGACGAGGACAUCUCUCCUCGCACUGCCGCCUUUCCGCACUCCUCUCCCACCCCAACCACCACAACCACCCCAACCAGAAAUACCGGCACCACCAUCUCCGGCCGCCGCGACAAGCUGCCCGGCGCUCGCUUCACCCCCAAGCCUCUGAUGCUUCGCCAGUCGCCGCCGCCCUCCUCGCAGGCACCUUCAGCCGCCGCCGAGGACAUCUCGGCCCUCGGCCGUCCCAAGCCCGACGACGCCGCCGCUGCCCUCUCCCUCAACAGCAUGCUCUCCUCCCCAUCGUCCAUCGCCGCCAGCAUGCACGGCACGCUCCCCAACCCGCCCCUCUCCGCCGCCUCCCUCCAGCUCGCCGAUGCGCUGCAAAACCUCGCCGCCGCCCGCAGCACCACCACAACCGCCACCAUCGCCGCCAGCAACCACCGCCGGCGCUCCUCCACCACCACGGCCACCACCGCCCUCGCUGCCCUGCGCUCCCCGUGCUUCUACCACCAGCGCUUCGACGACGCUGUCGACAUUGACCGCGUCCUCGAGGAGAUUCGCGGCGAUGAGCCCUCGUCCAUGUCGCACUCGCGCCUCGUCCAGACUGCCACCUCCGUCCGCGAGGUAUCCAAGCAGUUGCGUCGGCGGCCCGUCCGCCGCGCCGUCCGCAGCGUCAUGAUUGUCACCAAGGCCCGUGACAACCAGCUGGUUCACCUCACCCGUGAGCUCGCCGCCUGGCUGCUCCGCACACCCCGCUACGGCAGCUCGCGCGGCGUCUGCGUCUACGUCGACGCCAAGCUGCGCAGCUCACGCCGCUUCGACGCCCCCGGCCUCAUCGACGGUGACCCAGCGCUCGCCGACAUGCUGCGCUACUGGACCCCCGACCUGUGCUGGGGUCGGCCCGAGGCGUUUGACCUCGUCCUCACCCUCGGCGGCGACGGCACCGUGCUCUUCACCUCCUGGCUCUUCCAGCGCAUCGUCCCCCCCGUGCUGUCCUUCUCCCUCGGCAGCCUCGGCUUCAUGACCACGUUCGAGUUUGACCGCUACCGCGCGCACCUCGACCGCGUCAUGGGCGACGACGGCAUGAAGAUCAACCUGCGCAUGCGCUUCACCUGCACCGUCUUCCGCCACGACGCGCCCACCGCGAACCCCGUCGAGCAGUUCGAGGUCCUCAACGAGCUCGUCAUCGACCGCGGGCCCUCGCCCUACGUCUCCAACCUCGAGCUCUACGGCGACGACGAGCUGCUCACCGUCGUCCAGGCCGACGGCUGCAUCUUCUCCACGCCCACCGGCUCCACCGCCUACUCGCUCUCCGCCGGCGGCUCCCUCGUCCACCCGGACAUCCCCGCCAUCCUGCUCACCCCCAUCUGCCCGCACACGCUCAGCUUCCGCCCCAUGGUGCUCGCCGACACCAUGGCGCUGCGCGUCGCCGUCCCCCGCGCCUCCCGCGCCACCGCCUACUGCGCGUUCGACGGCAAGGGCCGCGUCGAGCUGCGCCAGGGCGACCACGUCACCAUCGCCGCCUCGCAGUACCCGUUCCCGACGGUCACACGCACCGACACGGAGUGGUUCGACAGCGUGAGCCGCACGCUGCGGUGGAACACGCGCGCGGCGGCGCAGAAGCCGUUCGAGGGCGAGGGCGAGGGCGAGGGCAAGGAGGACGAGGACGAGGCGUGGGACAUUGACACGGACAGCGCGUACUACGCGAGCGAGGAGGGAAGUGUCAGCACGAGUCCCAUCCGGAGACAGAUGAGCAUGCUCGGGCUGUGA